UAUUGGAGUCUUCCUCUGGAAGCUUGCCUCAGGAUUUUUAAUCCUUCUUGUUCAACUGAAAAUUCCCGCUAUUCAGGAAAGACGAGAAAACACUACACACUCAACGAACAAACAAGCAGCUUCUUCAAUCUUUCAUUUUCAAUAAUCGCAUCACUUCUUCUUCUUCUUCAAUUGAAAUGGGAACCGAGUUCCCGAAGAUCUAACGAUGGAAGCUGAGCGAAGCACUAAACGCAGAAACCCUCUAUCCGAUCGCACCAACACUCUUAACUCUUCUUCUCCACUUUCCAUAAACCUUAUCAAACCCAAACCCAAAUCCAAACCUCCUCCUUCUACUUCUUCCAAAUCUCGCCUCAAUAAACCUUCUUCACGCGCCUCUUCUACCAACGCUUCCACAAAUCUCCAAAGCACUUCUUCGAACCCUGCCGUUGCUCCUCCUCCGCCUUCGUCGCCGAUAACCUCCUCUCCUCCCGGUAAUUUUGUUGAUCUUGAGGAUUUUGAGCCUAUUUCAGUAACCUACAGCCGAAGAAGUGCUCCGAAUAAAAGGAAGGAUAAAGGGAAGGCUUUGGCAUUUCCUGACAUCAGCACACCCAUUUUGAAGCUCUCUGAUACAAGGCCAAAAACUGAUGAUGGUAAAAGUGCAAAUCUACCUAAAGCCAAGGCAUUGACCGUUCCUUUGAGAAAGAAGCAACGUACCACGUCAUCAGAAGAUACGCUCAAGGAUUCCGAGCUGCAAGAUUACAUUGAAAAACAGAAAGCCUACUUUAAAAUGAUUGAUGAAUUUGAACUGAUGGAAGAGGAAGUUGAAACAGAUGAUGAACCGGAUGGAGUGGAAAAAACGCUAUCCAAGUGUAACUAGCAGUUAGAAAGUUGUUUUUUGUUUAGCUAGUUCUAGUUGUAUAGUAAUGAUAUACCAGUUUUCUAAACAAUGUAGCGUCAACCCCUCUAACAAAAUAUAAAGUUCUUGUAAAUCUUUUGGUCAUGAUGAAUUCUUGAUUCCACAGUAUUGCAAAUUGUAUGGAUAAGCUGAAUAAAUAUUAAGAUUCCUUUCAUUGCA